AUGGUGGCGGCGGGGGCUCGGGGCUGGCUCGCUCGCUCGGCCUACUCGGCGCCCGCGCCCGUGCGGCCUCCACAGGAAGUGACCAACCGGCCUCGCUGCUCGCCCUCGGCGGCGGAUCCAGCGGCUGCCACUCAGGGGUCUCAUCGCCCUGCGGCGCCCACCCCGGAGCCCCGCGGAGGGAGAGUGAGGCGAGGUGUCGCCCCCCUGGACACUAUGGAAAAGUACCAGAUUCUUUACCAGCUGGAGCCUGGAGCCUUGGGGGUGAACCUGGUGGCAGAGCGGAUGGCCACUAACACCAAGUGUGUGGUGAAGAAGGUGGCGUGCCCUGAUGAGUACCAGGCGAACAAAGCCCUGGAGGAGCUGAUGCCCGUGCUGAAACUUCAGCACCCUCACAUCUCCAUCUACCAUGAGAUGUUCAUCACAUGGGACAGCCAGAUCUCCUCAAUGUUCCUCCAUCUGGUGAUGGACUACAGCGAGAACGACUUACAGAAGGUCAUCAUGAAGAAGAGGCAGACCAAGGCCAUUAUUGACUCUGAGUGGAUGCAGAAUGUGCUGGGCCAGGUGCUGGACGCGCUGGAGUACCUGCACCAGCAGGGCAUCCUGCACAGGAACCUCAAGCCCUCCAACAUUGUCCUGGUCAACGAUAACCACAGCCAGCUGCAGGACCUGAGCUCCAACACCCUCAUGACCGACAAGGCCAAGUGGAACAUCCGAGCAGAGGAAGACCCCUUCCAGAAGUCCUGGAUGGCCCCCGAAGCCCUCAGCUUCUCCUUCAGCCAGAAGUCUGACAUCUGGUCCCUGGGCUGCAUCCUUCUGGACAUGGCAAGCUGCUCCUUUAUAGAGGACGAGGAGGCCAUGCUUCUGCGCAAGUCUCUCCGCACGUCUCCGAAGGGCCUGCGGGACGUGCUGCAGCAGCUGGAGGACAGGGGCAUCCCCGACGCCGACACGCUGGUCUUCCUUCUGCCCCUGAUGCUGCACAUCAACCCCGAGGACCGGGGCACCGUGAAGGACCUCAUCCACUUCACCUUCGUCACCAAGGGCUUCAAGUCCUCGAGCGUGGCCGUGACGAUGCACAAGCAGCCCGUGCCCUCACUCAUUGUCGACGUGCUCUUGGAAGGCAACAUCGCAAGCAUCUUAGAGGUCCUGCAGAACUUCUCCAGCCGGCCCGAAGUCCAACUCAAAGCCAUCAAGAGACUCUUGAUAAUGUCUGACGAGGAACUAGGUGUGCCGUGGCCAAUAGCGAUGGUGGAGAUGGUGAUUGGGGCCCUGAAGCAGCAUGAUCGGGUCCUGGCCUUGCAACUAUGCGGCUGCUCCCUGCUGCUGCGGGUUCUCGGACAAGCGCUGGUGCAGGACCCAGACGCCGAGGUGCCCUGCAGCAGCACCAUUGUGGCCUCCCUGCUGGGCAUCAUGCGGUGCCACCCUGACUCGGAGGAGCUUGUCGUCAUGGGCUACAGUCUGCUCACCAUCAUUUCCAGCCAGGAGUCCACAGAGGGGCAGCUGCAGAAGGCAGAGCUGUUUGAGCACAUUCUGCAGUACCUGGACGACUUCCUUGAGAACAGGGACAUCUGCAUCACCGGCCUGGGGCUGCUCUGGACCCUCCUGGUGGACGCUGUGCUUGUGGACAAGACGCCCUUGAAUGAGGCCCCGACGCGUGUGGCCCAAGUGAUGGACACCUACUUCCUGGACGUGGAGAUGGUAGAAGCGGGCUGCGCAGUCUUCUGGCUGCUGUCCUUGCUGGGCUGCAUCGAGGAGCACCAGCUGGAGAAGGUGGUGGUGCUGCUGCUCCGGAGUGUCCAGUUGUGUCAGGACCGGGUCCUGCUGGUCAAUAACGCGUGCCGUGGGCUGGCCAGCCUCGUCAAGACGUCCGAGAUGGCGGCCUUCCAGGUGGUGAUGCCGCCUGAGGAGAUUGGCAGUGGCCUCAAGCUCCUCCAGGAGAUAUACCAGCUGAACAAGGACGCCCCGGAGGUGGUGGAGAGCGUGUGCAUGCUGCUGUCUCAUCUCAGCGCCUAUGAGGAGAUCCUGCCAGAGCUGGUAUCCACCGGUUUCCUGGCCCUGGUCCAGGAGAUCAAGGAACGCUUCGCCUCCAGCCUGGUGAGUGACAGGUCCAGCGGGCUCUGCCCAUGCUCAGCCUGUCUACACAGGGUUCAGGGUGGGGCCAAGGCCUACGUGGAGCUGACCAUGGUCCCAGGGCUCAGUGCAAAGAGCCUGCGGGCUGCGUGGGGUGAGCUCUCACUCACUGUUCCCCCUCAGGAGCUGGUUGCCUACGCAGAGCAGACCCUCCUGAAGCUGGAGACAGUGCCACCCAGCCUCACAGAGUGA